AUGGCUGCCAAGAACUCCUCCUCCGUGACAGAGUUUAUCCUCUCAGGCUUAACCGACCAGCCGGGACUCCAGAUCCCCCUCUUCCUCCUGUUUCUAGGUUUCUACGUGGUCACGGUGGUGGGGAACCUGGGUUUGAUAACCCUGACAGGGCUCAACUCUCACCUGCAUAUUCCCAUGUACUUUUUCCUCUUCAACUUGUCCUUCAUAGAUUUUAGUCAUUCCACUACCCUCACCCCUAAAAUGCGGAUGAGUUUUGUCUCAAAGAAGAACAUCAUUUCCUAUGCAGGGUGUAUGACUCAGUAUUUUUUCUUCUGUUUCUUUGUCUUUUCUAAAUCCUAUAUUCUAUCAGCGAUGGCGUAUGACUGCCACGUGGCCAUCUGUAACCUACUGUUGUACACGGUCACCAUGUCUCCCCAGAUGUGUUUGCUCCUUUUGCUGGGUGUCUAUGGGAUGGGGGUUUUUGGGGCUGUGACUCAUAUGGGAAACAUAACGUUUAUGUCCUUUUGUGGAGACAACCUUGUCAAUCACUACAUGUGUGACCUCCUUCCUCUCCUUGAGCUCUCUUGCAACAGCACUUACAUAAAUUUGCUGGUGGUUUUUAUUAUUGUGACCAUUGGCAUUGGGGUGCCAAUUGUCACCAUUUUUAUCUCUUAUGGUUUUAUUCUUUCCAGCAUUCUCCACAUUAGCUCCACAGAGGGCAGGUCUAAAGCCUUCAGUACCUGCAGUUCCCACAUAAUUGUGGUAUCGCUGUUCUUUGGGUCAGGUGCUUUCAUGUACCUCAAACCACCUUCUAGUCUACCCCUGGACCAGGGGAACGUGUCCUCCAUUUUUUAUACUGCUGUAAUGCCCAUGUAG